AUGCAAGGUCCUCACGAAAAACGACUCCUGAACCAUUUGCUCAGCAUGGACAACUACAAUACCCUAGAACGACCCGUAGCUAACGAAUCAGAAGCAUUAGAAGUUAGAUUUGGACUUACUCUUCAACAGAUUAUAGAUGUGGACGAGAAGAAUCAACUUCUAAUUACAAAUAUUUGGCUAUCUCUGGAAUGGAACGAUUACAAUCUAAGGUGGAACGAGUCGGAAUAUGGAGGAGUCAAGGACCUCAGGAUCACGCCGACGAAGAUCUGGAGGCCCGAUGUGUUAAUGUACAACAGUGCCGACGAGGGUUUCGACGGGACAUACCACACUAAUGUAGUGGUCAGACAUAACGGUAGCUGCCUGUACGUACCGCCUGGAAUCUUCAAGAGCACAUGCAAGAUAGACAUUACGUGGUUCCCCUUUGAUGACCAGCAUUGUGAGAUGAAGUUCGGUAGCUGGACCUAUGACGGAAACCAGCUAAAUUUAGAAUUAAAAUCGGAGUCUGGAGGCGACCUUUCGGACUUCAUCACCAACGGAGAAUGGUAUUUAUUAGGAAUGCCAGGCAAGAAGAACGUUAUGAACUACGCCUGCUGUCCUGAGCCUUACAUCGAUGUUACAUUCACAAUCCAAAUCCGAAGAAGAACGUUGUACUACUUCUUCAACCUUAUAGUGCCCUGUGUCCUUAUCUCCUCUAUGGCUCUGCUGGGCUUCACUCUGCCUCCAGACUCAGGGGAGAAACUAACCUUAGGAGUAACGAUACUAUUGUCGUUGACUGUGUUCCUCAACUUGGUGGCGGAAUCUAUGCCGACCACUUCCGACGCGGUCCCGCUCAUAGGGACGUAUUUCAAUUGUAUAAUGUUCAUGGUGGCUUCAUCAGUGGUGCUAACCGUGGUCGUGCUCAACUAUCAUCAUAGGACCGCGGACAUCCAUGAGAUGCCCCCUUGGAUAAAAAGUGUGUUCCUGCAAUGGUUGCCCUGGAUCCUUGGGAUGGGGAGACCGGGGAAGAAGAUCACCCGGAAGACCAUCUUGAUGAGCAACCGGAUGAAGGAGCUGGAACUGAAGGAGAGAUCGUCCAAGAGUCUGCUCGCGAACGUGUUAGACAUUGACGACGAUUUCCGGCAUUGCACGUCGGCAAACAGUAGUUACAUGAGGGGGGGGAUAACGAUCGACGAGUCCGCCCCGUGUUCGUGGGGGCAGCGAGACCUCCAGUGUAUCCUCAAGGAGCUGCAGUUCAUCACCAAUCGGAUGAAGAAAGCCGACGAGGAAGCGGAACUGAUCAGUGACUGGAAGUUUGCGGCGAUGGUGGUCGACAGGUUCUGUCUGAUAGUGUUCACGUUGUUCACGGUGAUAGCGACUGUUGCCGUCCUGCUCUCCGCUCCCCAUAUCAUCGUGCAGUAACCUCCCUACCCCCACUGCAAACAGCACAUCAGACAAUACACUAACAUACCCCAACGACACGUUGUUAAAACAUAUACUUUACUUAAGCGCAACAACUAAUACAGGUAAAUAAAUAGGUUAAACGUUAUACUAACCGAGGUUUUGUAGUUUAAUAUGACUUAACCAAAAUCAUCUCUAGUUCAUAUGUUUUUACGUAAACUAAUCGAAUUUAUGAACGCUCUUAAUCGUGACCAACUAAUACAAUCAUUUUAAUACAUAUAGCUAAAAUGUAAUGAGUAAAAAUUCAUCUUUAUACACCUAAUAGAUAUUUUACUAAAUUUUAACGAUAACAAAUACCUAAGUUUGAUAAAGCACAAUACAUUUAAAACCUAUAAGGUACAUUGUUUACCGUUUUAUAAAAUGGCCAGUUUAAACUGGGAUAAACUCAUCCUUGAGAAUUGUGUAUUUUUCUAAAAGAAAAUUAGUUUGACGUGUACAUUUUAAAGCUUGUAUUAAAGCUAACAGACAAAUGUCUAAAUAUUGCAUUAAUAAUACAGAAUUUUCAGAUUCUGAUAUACUUCAAUGUCUAAAACUAAUCGGGAGGAUCUUUUGGGUAAUAUUUUGUUACGGUAACCAAAAAAUUAGUUAAUUUUAAAACGGGGCAACAAUUUGUACUUCCAACGAAUUAUUAGUGUGUAGGUAUUUCAAUACAUCGUAGUAAAAACUUGCACUUUUUCCAGUUACCAUCCCUAACAAAUUGUAAACGUUUUAUAGGAACUGCUAGUAUAGUAUCUGAAAAAUGUACUUUCCAUUAUGGAAAACGGUAUAAAAAAGCAUCUUGUACACAUUCUGAUUUUCACAGCGUUGUCUGCUUUAAAGUCUAGUUACACAAACGUAAUAUGUGACAUUCGUAUUUUAUACAAUCCUUUGGUCACAAAAGAUAGAAGCAGUAUAGCAGUAUGACUAAACAUGAUAGACGAUUGUUAUAGAUAAGUACAAAAUUCCCAAAAGUUGUUAAGUACCGUAUUGUAGAAAAAUUCUAUAUUCUCAAGGAUCGCCUUAAUAAUGAAUAUAAAUAAGACGUAAACCUUUAGUUUCCUAAAAAAAUAUAUAUAUAUUUAUACUACCAAGUACUCAACUUAGCCGUAUGAAAUUGGUACUCGUAAGUUCACUAUGAACAAGGUGAAUUCAAUGUCUGUGAACGUAAGUCGUGGUGUGAAAACCUUCUAGUGAAAAACUUCAGCAAGGAAGUGAAGUAUGAACGGGGAAUAUUUAAAAGUUUAGUGAUUUCUGUGAUAUGUUUAAUAAAACUUUGAAUAAAUAAUAUGAAGAUUGUUAACAUUGAAGCUAAAAUAGGAGAUUACGUUGUUUUUUAUAAAAUGAAGACCAAUUUAAUAAAAGAUACUCUAGCACAAAAUUAAUAAGAUUAAUUUUGUGCAUUUUGUUGAUUAAGUGGUAAGAUUUUAAAGCUAGUGUACAAUAAAAUGAAUUGUAAAUCCUGUUAAUUUUUUCACUCGUAAUAUUUUUACAAUGAUAAGUUUUAGGUGUUUCAUUUUAGUUGAUUUUUUGGGCACUAAUCACUAACUUAGGAGGCUCAAAGGAAGGCUGCCCUCAUGCUUCAAACUUGAAACAUCUAACAGUAUCUUAGAACUUAUUCAGUUCACGCUUUUCAUGUUGGAAACACAUUUUUUACUAUAAAUAUAGUAUGUGUUAUAGUAAUAAACAAAAUUAUAUUUCAUUUAAUUUUUUUAUCCACCAUUAAAUAUGUUCUUGUGCUAUACAUAAUUAAAAAUCUGUGAUACAAAUUACAGAUUAGUUAAAUUUAGCAUUAAUAAAUAAUACAUAUCAUUAUUACAUAAAAAUAUUAUCUUUUUGUGUAAAACCUUUAUUAUAAUACACUUUAUAUUAUCAAAAAAUAUCCUUAUCUCAGAAUUGGUAAAAAUGGAUUUCUGUAUUGUAUUUCUUCCACAUCAAGAUUUUUUUUUCCAACAGCGAAUUUACUAUCAGUUUGAAGAAACGACCCAAGUCAAAUUUGGGGCACUCCAGCUACCUAAGCACUGCUAAUUGAGGGCAGGCUUCCAUGUUUGUUCUGUUUACAAGGUGUGUGAUACAGAUUAUUUACUGACAGCUGAUACAAAGUGUCCGCUUUCAAAUUUAUUUUUUUGAAAAAUAAUAAAUUUCAACUAAAAGGAAUUGAGAUUGUAAGGUUAUGUGUGAUUUUUUAAAUAAUUACAUUAGAUACAUCAAUGUUGUUAGACCAUAUUAUGGGCUAAUAGUGUCCUAACAUAUGUAUGCUUGUUAUAAGGUCGAAAAUGUCUCUUUCUUAGUUGAUUAAACAUAAUUUCGUGUUGUUUUGUUCAUAUUGAAUGUUCUGUAUUCGAUGAGUGGUACCGUAGUUUACAGAUGGAAUUGUAAUUAUUUCAGCUUUCACGUUAUAUAUUGUGGUUAUUUUAUACCGUGUUGGUUCAAACUAUUUAAUGAAACUUAUUAUAAAAGAAAUUCAAAAUUCAUGGGUCUGAUGUGCUGUACUAUUUUAUUUCAAUUUAAUUUACUUUUAAUUCAUUAUCCUAGAAUUGCAGUGUGUUUCUGAGUUUAUGACAUCAGCAUUUAAGGAUUAAAAAUGUAACUUCUUCAACUGACAUUACUCACCACUCAGAGCUAAAAGGGAACAAAAAUUUUAAAAUGCAAAAAGAAUUCUCAAUACUUUCAAAUUUAAGAACAUAAACUACAUUAGUUGAGCUAAAUAAUAUAUCUGUCAUAAUAUUGUUUUUCCUCAAACUUAUAAUUAUUUAAAGAUUUAGUUCAAUAACCACAGAACUUUCACUUACUAUUCAAAUUACUUAUCUAUUGUGUUCUUUUAAUUUUCAUUAGCUGCUCCAAAUGGAAAUUCUAAUUAUUCAAUCUUUUAACCAUUAAAAUUUGCAAUAUGAUCAGUGUUGCGGUAUACGAUAGACAGCACCAUAAUACGACCUAUGUUCCAUUAAUCGCAUUGAUAACCUCCUCUGCGUUAUAUAAAAAAAUCAUUUUAUUCACAUUGUCACCAAUUUCCCACGUUUUUCUAUACAUCUUAAAAGUUUCAAAGUACGAAAAAACCGAUUUCAAAACGACCACAAUAUAAAGCGGUGAAGGCUGGAAAUAUCGUCAUUAUAACUUUUUAACUUGUACUAAUUUGCUUGUUUACCGAUAGAAUGAGUAUAAAAAGCCACCAUCACACUAGCGCAGUAUAUUUUGAAGGGCAGUAGUGUUUUUACAAAGCAAACAUGACUCGGUGUGCCUACUCGGCAGCAGCUCACGUUUAUACAAGUUCUACACAAUUGUUGGCUGUGUAGAACACGACAAAUGUAGAACUAAACUGUGUUAUUACAAAUAUACUGUUAUGUUUCGA